UCCCCGGCGGCGGCGGCGGGGGGGGGGUUUCCGCCAUGGAAGUCUUGGGCCCGGGAUCGGGGGCUGCGGGGCGCCCGUUAACAGAGGACGAGAUGGCCGAAGUGAAGAAGGACGCUUUAGAAAGGAUGCGUCCUUACCUGUGUGAUAAAAUCAUAGCUGAGAGACACUUUGAUUACCUACGUUCAAAGAAAAUACUCACAAGAGAGGACACAGAAGAAAUUUCUUCUCGAUCUUCCAGCAGGAAAAAAACUGGGAAGUUACUGGACUACUUAGCAGAAAACCCAAAGGGACUAGAUGUUUUGAUUGAGUCUAUCAGACGAGAAAGAACACAAAACUUCCUGUUACAAAAGAUAACUGAUGUAGUGUUGAAAGUUAAAAAUGAAAAACUUGAAGCUCUCAAAGGUCUAAGCUGCAGCACCUGUAUGACCUCACUGUAUGAAGGAACAAAUAAUCUUUCUAGAUCAUAUUCUGAUGAAUCUAAUUUUUUUGAUAAAACAAGAGACAAAGAAUCUACUCAGAUACAUCAUCCAGAAGAAGAUUAUAGCACUGCCCCAUUUGUGUCUGCUGUCUCUCUUCGUUCAAUGAAUUUGCCCAUUGCAGAGAUGGGAAGUGCGGAGGGUGCUGGUUUCUCAGGCACUCUCCCAGGGCCUGGAGACCCUGGUGCCCCCCCACUCCCCCCAGAGCUCCAGUCAGAGCAGCAAGAACCGUGUACUAGUUCAAGUGACAACUGCUUUUUGCCUUUAAGAUCACGUUCUCUUCAACCACAGUGAACAUAGUGACUUCGUCUGUUUAUCAUAAUGGUACUGCAACUUUGUGUGAUGUCUUGUAAAGGUUAAAUAAUGUUUGCAAACUGUUAACUGGCACAAUCAGAGGAAACUAUGCUAAUUACUGUUUUUAGAGGAAUAAUUUUCUUUGUCAUUGAGUGACUCUGGAGCUGCUUGAUUUUAUGUUCUUCAGGGAGCUUUUUUCAAAAGACCUUGGUAUUAUACCAGCAAAUAUUUGUGUUUUAAAUAUAUUUAACAUUUUUUAUUUUGUUGCAGAUGUUUAAACUACCCAAAUGUUUUUUUCAUUUCUGCAGAAAUUAACAAAUCUAGUUUUCUUAAUGUUUCUGUGAUGGGUGAAUUGGGGUGGAUGGUUAGCAAAGUAUUAAGUGUUAAAAAACAACAUUCUGAACUAAAGGUUUAAGCUCACUUACUUAAAAGCUUAGACUCAUUAACUAAAUUAAAUGUUUCCCUGUAGGAUAAAAUAUGCCCUCUGUAUGUGUAUGCAGCUCUACUUGCAAAAACCCCAAAACAAACAGCACCCUGAAUCUGGUCAAAUCUGGAGCUGUGCUUAUUUACAAGAAGCGUUGUAAGUGUCUGAACUUAUUCUCUGUCCUACCAGUAAAUUAAGAGGCACUUGCUAUUCUAGUGAUGUGAGUUAGCCAAUAUACUUCCACAAGUCUUAGCAGAUUAUUUUUGUACAUUCCUGGUUUGAGAUGCACUUUAAAUAUAAAUUCUCAUUAAUACUGGAAAAGGAAUGUGAACUGCUGUAACAGCAUCACAUGGGCUGUAAGAAAAUGUUAUUGUAUAAUGCUAUUGAGGAGCAAAGCUUGUAUGUUUUGUCCCAGUAGGUAGUAGCGGGGGUAGGGAGGGAGUCCUGUAGCAAUAAAGUAUCCAUCAUACCUGAAGGACUCUUGGAAAUGUUGCACUUCUGCUCUUCAAAGCUGAUAGACAGGUUUACAUUUCAAAUUGUUCCAAGUCAAAUGCAUUUUAAACUAUUUCAACAUGGGAAGGUUCUCAUUUCUUGACCAAUGUAACAUGAUGUAUUCCUCUCAUACUCUACUCUUGAGCUGUAAUCUACUUUUUAUAAGUUGGCCUAUAAUCACUUUAAAACUACUAGGCAAAGACAAACUCUUACUUGGAAAUGUGUACAGUUGUGUUCUGCAGUACUUCACUUUAAAAGGAUGGCAUGUUUUCCUUAUGUCAAA